AUGCCUACCAACCGAAGUUGGAUGAAGGCGCACCGGCGCUCUACAGAGUUUCGAAGUGGCAUUGAGGAGUUCGUUGCGGUAGCAACGAACCACGUGAAUUCUGACGGAUUAGCUCGAUGCCCAUGCAUGCGGUGUUUGAAUGUGAAUUUUCACACACCUGCAACUAUAAGGGUUCAUUUAUUUCUCAGCGGGAUCCAACCUUCGUACAACCCCUGGUAUUUCCACGAGGAGACUUUCUCGCAGCCCGCAAUUGAACUUCCUGAAAAUGACGAAGAGGAAAUGGCAGAUGUGUUGGCGGACAUGUUAAGAGGGGACCCUGGGUUUAACGAAUCUGCUAACACGACUGAUUCUUUCAAUGAACCCCCUAUCAACGACAACAAUAAGUUUGAUGACUUGCUUAAGGAGAUGGAGGCUGAGUUAUAUCUAGGUUGCAAAAAAUCAGCCCUCAAUGCACUGGUAAAGCUUAUGCACUGCAAGGUUUUGAAUAGGUGGAGUAACCACUCUUUUGAUAUGUUGUUGUCCAUCUUGAUUGAUCUAUUUCCGGAGGGGACAAAAUUACCGAAGUUGCAUUAUGAGUCGAAGAUGCAAUUGCGCAAUCUAGGUUUGGGUUACGACUCAAUAGAUGUGUGCAAGUAUAAUUGUGCUAUUUUCUGGAAGGAGAAUGAGAAGAAGGAGUUUUGCCCUGUAUGUGGCGAAUCACGAUGGGUGAAAAGAAAGGGUAAGGGGAAAAAAGUUCCUCACAAAGUUAUGCGUUACUUCCCACUCACACCUAGACUAAAACGAUUAUAUUGCUCAAGACACACUGCAGAGGAUAUGCGUUGGCAUUACUCGCAGAGACCAAAAGAAGACGGUGUGCUUAGGCAUCCUGCGGAUGUUGAAGAAUGGAAGCAGUUUGACCGCCUUCAUCCGUCUUUUGCUGUUGAACCUAGAAAUGUCAGACUGGGAUUGGCGACUGACGGUUUUAAUCCAUUUGGCAACAUGAGCAACUCUUACAGCCUGUGGCCAGUUAUUUGUGUCCCAUAUAAUUUGUCACCGUGGAAGUGUAUGAGUGCUGAAUCGUUGUUGUUGACCUUAUUAAUUCCAGGUCCAUCAUCUCCUGGGAAAGACAUAGAUGUAUUCAUGAGACCGUUAAUUGAUGAACUGAAACAGUUGUGGGAGACGGGUGUUAAAACCCGAGAUGCCUACAACGGAACUAUUGGCGCCAAUAGUUUUGCCGGCGCACUAUUGCGCCGGCAAAAGCUUAUCAUAGCAGGUUCAUGGCGGAUAAGGCCAUUUUUUAACACCGGCGCUUAUUUUUCACCGGCGUUAUUACUCGCCGGUAAAAGGAAGUUUUACCGGCGCAGUUACUAUACGCGCCGGUAA